AUGAUCACCACCGGAAAAUUGAUUGCUCGAAAUACAGGUUCAUUGAUAAAACGAACGGCCAGUGACCGAGGAAGGGUUUUCGCGCGGAUGAUACGAGUAGGUGAAACACUACCAGACGGUGUACUAUUUGAAGAUCAUCCUACAAAUCCAAUAAAAAUGAGUGACCUCUUAGUGGACAGAAAUGUUGUGAUGUUCGCAGUACCCGGUGCUUUUACUCCAGGCUGCUCCAGAAUCCACUUACCAGGGUACAUAAAUACAGCUGGUGAAAUGAAGAGUGAAGGUGUCCAUGAAAUAAUUUGCGUUUCAGUGAAUGAUCCUUAUGUGAUGGCAGCUUGGGCGGAAAAGAACCACACAAAGGGAAAAAUACGUAUGUUAGCAGACCCUAGCGGUGAAUUUAUUCAAGCGAUUGGCCUCGGCAUGAAUAUCUCCGCUCUAGGAGGGUACCGUUCGAAGCGCUUCUCCAUGUAUAUCAUCAACAAUGAAGUUAAAGAAUUAAACAUUGAACCUGAUGGCACUGCAUUAUCUUGUUCUCUCGCUUCCAGACUCGAAUACAAGAAAUACUCUAAUAAAAAGGAAAAGAAAGAAGAUGAAACAUCGAACCAAGAUUGA